UUUUCAUUAUCCAUACAAAAUUUAAAAAGCAACAUUGAAUCCCCUCUAUUUGUGUCCUUUUUUUUUUGCCUGUUUAGUACUUGCUUCAUCCAAUUCCAAAUGACUGCCUUUAGAAAAAAGUUUCCUUUAAUUGUGGUAAUUAUGGCAUUAUUAGCCAUCAACUCAGACAAAGCUUGUGCUGGCGAUCCAGAUAUGCUCCAGGAUCUUUGUGUUGCUGAUCUAACCUCAACCACGAAGUUGAAUGGAUUUCCAUGCAAGAACGUUUUCUUUGCGGCCGAUUUCGGGUCAUUGGUCCUUUCCAGGCCAGGAGCCACCAAUAACACAUUUGGUUCCCUCGUCACUGCAGCAAACGUUCUUGGCAUCCCUGGCCUUAACACCCUCGGUGUGUCGAUGGCUCGUAUCGACUAUGCUCCUGGUGGCAUUAACGCACCUCACAUCCACCCACGAGCCACAGAGAUGAUCUACGUUUUACAAGGUCAAUUGGAUGUUGGUUUCAUUACCACAGCCAAUGUGUUGAUCGCCAAGCGCAUUGUACAAGGAGAAGUGUUUGUUUUUCCAAGAGGACUUGUUCAUUUCCAAAAGAACAAUGGUGCAGUUCCAGCAGCUGUUAUUGCUGGCUUCAAUAGCCAGUUACCUGGUACACAAUCUAUUGCAACAACGUUGUUUGGAUCUUCACCACCUGUCCCUAGUGAUGUCUUGGCUCAAGCAUUCCAAAUUGGUACUAUGCAAGUUGAGCAGAUUAAGGCAAAAUUUGCACCCAGGAAAUAGAAGUAUUCUAUUUCUCAACAUAAGUUUGAUUUUCGUUCGUUUGUUUGUAGGGGCUUCGACUGUUAUUUAUUGUUCUUGUUCUUUGAAUAAGAGGUUGAUGUUUUAAUUUUUGUAAUGUCAAUAAGAGAGUAAUUCUCUUUAGAGUUCUCUUUUGAAUUAAUGUUAUAAAGUGCGUGCCGCUGGAUAUUCAGAAUGUGUUUUUCUCCUCCUCCAAAAUAUUUACUGUAUCAUGAAGUUAAUGGCCAAAAGCAAAUAAGGAAGAGAAGGAUUCUUUUGCC